UCCGUUGUACUCCGCUAGGCGGAUGGCCGGCAAGAUGGUCUACAGGACUUUCAAACAGGACUUUCAAUAAGUCCUUUAUCCUAUCCGUGUCCCAGCGACCGGCCGACGUCACCUUCCGUGUCGCACUCGACCGGCUGACAAGGAGACUGAGCUUCUUGAACUCCUGGGGCUUUCCAAUUCCCCUGGAGCUGGACAGCCCCGUGGCGCGUCUGCCCGCCAAGCACAACAACGCGACGGCCAAGCGCGGGUCCGCUGACGACGCGGCCGGCCUGGAGCCCGUCGUGUACCUCGCCAAGGGCGCCAGGGUCAUGCUGCGCAGCAACAUGUGGCUCGAGACGGGUCUCGUGAACGGCGCCACCGGCACAGUGGUAGACAUCGUCUACCAGCCGGGCCGAGCCCAGCCAGAGGACCUCCCCACCGUGGUGAUGGUCAAGUUCGACAACUACACCGGCCCCACCGUGGCCGACGGCUUGGUACCCGUGCCCACGCUGGUGCACUCGUGGGACCAUGAGCAGGUCGCCUGCAGCCGAGAGCAGGUUUCGCUGUGUCUGGCCUGGGCUGUCACAGAGCACAAGUCCCAGGGCCUCACUCUGGACCGUGCCGUGGUCAGUGUGGGCCUCAGGGACUUUGCAGUGGGUCUGAUGUACGUUGCGAUGUCCCGUGUCAAGUCCUGGGCGGGACUCUUAAUCGACCCCGAGUUCGGUCUCAACCUAAUUUUGGACAUCCGGAACAGUCCGGGGUUCCUGGAUCGUGAGGCCGGCGAAAGAGCGAUUGUCAGGAACAGCCGGUCAAAGUUGGUAAUCAAUAAAAAGUGUGUCGUCCUAAUAGGGACUAAUGACUUCCUAAAGUCUGUGCCAAGAGAUAAAACUUAAGAGGCAGUAGAGAAUGUGUUGACACACUUGUCAGACAUUGCUAUACAAGUAAUUGUUAUGACCAUCCCGCCCAUCUCCAAGUUAGCUGCAACAAAUGCAAAUCACUUAGAGGAGUAAAAGUCUCUAAAUGACCAUAUAAAAGCCUGCACUACCAACAAAGAUAAUGUGCUUGUGUUUGACGCACAAAAUAUCUUCAUGAGUGGAGCUGCCUCAAAUCAGGCUCUGUUUCUAAAGGUUUUUAGAAGUGGGAAAGAACAACAUACAUCCCAAUGCUGCAGGAAACAUUGCUUUGAGCAAUGGUCUUUCACAGUUUAUAGACAACAUAGGCGUCCAAGAAGAUGAUGAAGCAAUGGCUCAAGGCGGAUCCUAAAUGUAUUAGAUUCUAAUACAAUGGCCAAUAGCAAUCUU